CUGCGACAUGCUAAAAAAACAAGAAUGACGCGACAGAUGCUGAAAGUUAUACAGAAAACAAUAAGGGCCCCUACUGCCUCCUCAUUGUGAUUUUAUGAGAGUUUUGUUAUCUUUCCCCUGAUUGGUUCUGGCAGUGGUUUGUUCUAUUCGACCCAUGUAACCUUCACGUAUUCCGUGAGCUUCACAAACAGACGUCUAGACAGGUUUUGCUGCUGCGUUUCGAACGUGUUCUUACCAUAUUAUCAGCUGCUUGGUGGAUUCUUCAAACAGUUAAACGAAGAUGCCGGUACGUUACACCAAGCCGUUAGACGGAGGGUGGGGCUGGGCCGUGGUUCUCGCCGUCUUCAUGAUCGGCGCCUGCACCUUGGGAGUGAUUCGAUCCUUCGGCGUGUUCUUCGAGGAGUUCACGGCGCAGUUCAACCAAUCAGCUACCGCUACGUCAUGGGUCAUUUCCGUGUGCCUAGGAUUCACAUUUGGAGGAACUCUACUCGGUGUCAUGUUGAGCGCCAUGUUCACCUUCAGACCUGUGGCGAUGGUGGGCGGAGUCCUGGCGGCGGCUGGGUGCAUUGCGACGUCAUUCGCGACCAGCAUAACCCCCCUGUACUUCACUGUAGGCGUGUUGGUCGGUUUAGGAUCGUCCCUAGCCAUGUUUCCGAGCUUGAGUCUGGUGGGAAAAUACUUCGACAAACGGCGCGCCAUCGCUAACGGCAUCGCCUUCUCCGGAGUCGGGGUAGGGAACGUGGUGUUCCCCCUGCUCUUCACGUACCUGAUCGAGGAGUACGGGUGGAGAGGGUCGUUCCUGAUCGCUGCCGGAGUCAUGCUGAACAUCACAGCCUUCGCGGCCUUGUUGAGGCCGAUCCAGCUGGCUACACCGCCUAAAUCCGAACCAUUGCCACCACAAGAAGCCAAGGCCGAGGCCACGGAAACCCAGGCGUACAGUAACGAAGCUUUCUCUUUGGACCCUAGCGACCCCCAUCAGGACCAACCGGUGGACAUAAUCAAUCGCAAAAAGAACGACCAAGAAGAAAAUGUAAAAGACCUUCCCCUUCCCGAUGAAACUUUGGGUGGCCCUUGCAGUAGUUGUGGGACAAGGCUAACUGUAUUCAAAACUCUGUUGACCAAUCCUUCGCUAGUUUGUUUCAUAAUUGCACAGAUGUGCUUCUUGGGAUUCGGUCUGUUCAUUCCCAUCGUGCAUAUCGCGCCGCGCGCAAGUCAUCACGGGAUCGAUCAAUACGAGGCGGCGUUUCUCGUUUCCAUGAUCUCUAUCGGCGAUCUGAUUGGUCGACUGCUGUCGGGAUUUCUUCCCACGAAUCGCAGGUUUCGCCAUCUGCAUUGGUACAUACUUCUCGUGUUGGCGACUGGCAUCUCUUCUCUUUUGUCACCCCUUGCAAAGACUUACCCAGCGUUGGCCGUCUACUGCUCUGCUGUAGGAUUUCUGGUAGGAGCUGGUUUCACAACGUCAAUGACACUCCUGGCGGAUCUGGUCGGUCCUACAAGACUUUCAGAUGGUAUGGGGUUGAUGACGUUGCUGAUGAGCAUUACAAUAAUAGGUGCACCACCCAUCGCAGGGAAACUUUUCGACGUCACGAAAAACUACACCCUGUCGUUCAUCGUGGCCGGAUGUGGUCCUGUCCUGGGAGGACUCAUAGCCGCCAUCUUGUUGUGCAUUGGGAACGAGAAAUCCGUUCGCAGAUCGUCUGGGGAGGAGAGCUCUCCACCCUACCCCGUCAACGAGGCAAACGAGAUGUCCUAUUUGUAACUGCGUGUAAUCUGCGUCAUAUGUGUUUUGCUACAUAGCGUUUUCAGUCGCUACAUUG